ACAACCUCUUUUUGAACAGAAAUGGUGCAUCAUAAAAACUAAAAAGUACAUAAUAAUAUUAGAAUCUACAUCAGAUUCUUCUCCUGAAAUCUGAAUCCCAAUAGGAAUAUCUUCGCAAAUUCCUCCUGAUUCACUUACAAAGCUGAGAGGAUGAUGAUCUGCUCUAUCCGUUUCGAUUUCUCAUCGUCCAGCAUGCUUGUGUUGUGUUUAUAGAUUGACUCUUCCUUUUCGCAAAUCAUUUCACAGCAAUUUGGAAUUCGGAUUUCCUUAAAUUAGAUGUUAUUUUUGGAUUUGAUGUGCGAGAGGUUAUAUUCUUGAGAGAUCGUUAUGAUAAGCAGGCGAAAUUGCGCGCGCUUGUUUUCGAUCGCAGUUACUUCUCGUACAUUCUGCCAUCAUCAUCCUCGCCGUCGAGGCCUUUGCGGUGGUGGUUGUUUAAUGGCCGCCGCUUCGUCGCCUCCGUUCGCCUCGCAUCCUAAAUUGGGGUUCCGCUGUUUUCCUGGUGGGAGGCCGUCUCUUGAUGUGUGUGGUAGGGGUAGAUACUGGAAUGGAUCUGCUGCUCUCGUGCUCAGGGGUUGUUGCUCCGGCAAAGCUUCAAAUGCCGCCGGAAAAUGGCCUACCGACGGCAAUUUUUAUUCCGCCAGUAGUAGUAUAAAUGGGAAUAACAAUGGUUUGCCUAAGCCACGUGCAGUUUCUCCCUGUUUGCCUCAUUUGCUUCGUGAUUCAGAGGAGUUUAGGCUGGGUGAUGAGCUUUCAAGCUGUUCUAAUAGUAACAGUAAAGCUUCCCUCCGAGGAGGAAGCUCUCUUGGAUUCUCCAAUCAUUAUUUGCCUGAAAAAAUCGAAGUUGCUGUUGAUGUCGAUGAGGUUCUUGGAAACUUUGUUUCAGCUCUCAAUCGGUUUAUUGCUGAUCGCUACGCAUCGCAUCACUCGGUUUCUGAAUAUCAUGUAUAUGAGUUUUUCAAGAUAUGGAAUUGCUCCAGGGAUGAAGCUGAUAUUCGUGUUCAUGAAUUCUUCAAGACAUCUUAUUUCAAACAAGGGAUACAUCCAAUUCCAGGUGCUAAGCAAGCUCUGCAAAACUUAUCCAGAUUCUGCAACCUUUCAAUAGUUACGUCCCGACAAAAUGCAAUUAAAGAUCACACAGUUGAGUGGAUUGAGAAGCAUUAUCCUGGUCUUUUUCAGAAUAUGUACUUUGGAAAUCAUUUUGCUUUAAAUGGAAAGUCCAUACCAAAAUCAGAAAUUUGCAGGUCACUCGGAGCAAAGGUUUUGAUCGAUGAUAAUCCAAGAUAUGCGAUCGAGUGUGCUGAAGUUGGAAUGAAGGUUCUUCUCUUUGAUUACGAAAAUUCUUAUCCAUGGUGCAAGACAGAGUCGGUUGAAGGCCACCCCCUAGUCACUAAAGUUCAUAAUUGGGAAGAAGUGGAGCAGCAAUUAGUAUCGUGGACUUUUCCCAAAAUCAUUGCAAAGUAGGUUCGGUAGAUAAUUUGAUGAUUCAUCUGAGUUCUUACUCUUGUAUUAUCCUGGGUCCUGGCUAGGUGGAAUGCUGGUGGGAGACCAUUGAAUCAAAUCUGUGAUAAUAGAUAGACCUGAGUUUAUUCCCUUUCCCUUUCAGGGCCAACCCUCCUUCCACUUUCAUUAUUUUUAAGAAAUGGGGCAAGGUUUAGGCUCCUAAAAUCUUUAUUUCAAGUAGAUUGUAUGACAAAGGUGGACAAUAGAAUGAAGCUUGUAUAAAACAUGGAAUUUAUUUGGUAACUUCAAUGAUUAUAAUAAAAGCAUUUGGGUUC